AUGCAGGACGCACGAGACCUCUACGCCAAGAUCAAAGACUCGUUGGACAAGGAGCAGUGGAACCCCGAAGACAACGAGGAGUACGAAGACGGGGAGGGCAACGUGCUCAACAGACGCACCUACGAGGAUUUGGCCCGCCAAGGCCUCAUGUAACGGAGUGGUGACCUGGCGUGGUGCCGAGACGGCGGGAAGAGAG